UUGAGAAGAACAAAAAAAAAAAAAAGUCAAACCGGAAGAACAAGAAGAGCCUUGGUUAAAAGUCCACCUGUCAAACUCUUCACUUUGUCAUUUCUCAGCUUCAUCAUCGAUCAUUCACAGAGCAGAACAUUGCUCUGCACUCUUCGGUCCAUUUUCUCCUCUCAAUAUUGCUCAAUCUACAUAUACUCAGGUGAGUGAUGAUGACCGGAGAAAGCCACGAGAGCGCACCUGCAGGUGGAAUCAAAUCACCGAUCGACGGCGAUCUGCUCGAUGAUGUAUCCCAGAGACCUCGUGUCAUCACUCCUUUUCCGUCUCCUAAACUCACCGAUUUACCUAUAUUUCAAGGUGAUCAUAAGGAGAGCUUGUAUUGGGGAACUUAUCGUCCUCAGGUGUAUUUUGGAGUUCGAGCCAGGUAUUCACUGAGAAACUUCCUUGUUGCACACCAAACGGAUCUAUUUGUCCGAGUUGCUAAGUUGAAAGAUGACGAAAAAUGCAGAACUCCUCAGUCCCUCGUCGCUGGCCUGAUGUGGCUCGGUGCGAAAGAUGAUGGGAAGCAUUUGUUGAGGCACUUCUGUGAAAACUCUGAUGAUCUCAAGUCUUUUGGGUGGAGAGAACACAAUGGGAUAGAUUUUGGGAGGCAAGAGCUUCUUCAACAAGAUAUGAUAUUGGAGACAAGUUUUGUCAAGUCCAAAGAAGGAAGCCUUGGCUAUGGAGGAGAUUGGUCAGUUCGAAUCAACGUCAAAAAUAAAAGGAUGAAUGAUGAUGUAAAGAAAAGAGUGCAUCUCUUCUUCUAUGUAGCUGAUGAAGGUGGUGAUGUAGUGAGUUUAGGCAAAGAUGUAUUAAGUCUUAAAGAUAGUUCUAUUCUUGCUUCCGGUUCACGUGCUGAUGUUGGAAACUGGCAGAUGCACUUAAAAUCACAGGAUCAUCUUGAGACACAUUACUGCGGUUUCAAGAAGCCUGACAUUGUCAGUCUGUCUAAUAAUGUUCAGCAAGAUCUCGUUGUACAGGAAAGGAAGUGUGGACAACUUCAGCUCUCUGACACAUCAGAGGAUUCUUCAAGCAUUUAUGUUUUUCAGAUUUCAACGACGACUCAAUCUACUAUAGAUAUCGCGUUCGUCACUGGGAUAAGAGAAGAAACUUCUGACGUGGAAAAGCGUAUACUGAGUCUUACAGGUUUGCCACUGUCUAGUCUACUUGAAGAGAAACAUAUAGCUUUUGAUGCAAAGUUCAAGGAAUGCUUCCACCUUUCUGAAAAGCUUGAUCCUGAGACUUUGGUGGUUGGUAAAGCUGCAAUUGGGAACAUGCUUGGUGGCAUUGGUUACUUCUAUGGUCAAUCCAAAAUUCAGAUUCCUAGAAACUCUCAGGUGCAGCCAAAAGGAGAGGAUGAUUUCUUGCUGUAUUGGCCAGCCGAGCUGUACACAGCGGUUCCAAGCCGGCCUGUGUUUCCCAGGGGCUUUUUGUGGGACGAAGGUUUCCAUCAACUGUUGAUCUGGCGCUGGGAUUUUCGUAUAACUUUGGAAAUAGUUGGAAACUGGUUAGACCUGAUGAACAUAGAUGGAUGGAUUCCUCGUGAGCAAAUUUUAGGCGAUGAAGCUCUGAGUAAGAUUCCAAAGGAGUACGUUGUUCAGAUCCCAAGUAAUGGCAAUCCACCUACACUUCUUUUGGUGAUACGCGAUCUGAUAAAUGGGAUACGGGCAGAGAAAUUUAACAAGCAAGAAAGAGAUGAAAUCUUGUCAUUCCUUGAUCGAGCUUUUGUACGGCUAGAUGCAUGGUUUCAAUGGUUCAAUACUUCCCAGAAAGGGAAGGAGAAGGGAAGUUACUUUUGGCAUGGUAGAGACAGUUUAACAAAUCAGCAACUAAACCCUCAGUCUCUUUCAUCGGGUUUGGAUGAUUAUCCACGGGCUUCACACCCAACUGAAGAUGAGAGGCAUGUCGACCUCAGAUGUUGGAUGUAUCUCGCCGCAGAUUGCAUGAACUCCAUCACAGAUUUUCUUGGGGAAAAAGGCAGACUUGUGACGGAGGUGGACUACAGCUCAAUUGUCAAGCUGCUUUCAGAUUUCAAUCAGCUGAAUCAGAUGCACUAUGACCAUGAUCAUGGGGCUUACCUCGACUUUGGUAAUCAUACAGAAGACGUUCGGUUAAUCUGGAAAGAGGUAACUAGAGAAGAUGGAAGCGUAUCUCGAGAGCUUGUAAGGGAGACAUUUGGGAAGCCAGAGCUAAGAUUGGUUCCUCACAUUGGUUACGUCAGCUUCUUUCCCUUCAUGUUUAGAAUCAUCCCACCUGAUUCUUCAAUCCUAGAGAAACAGCUCGAUCUCAUUUCAAACAGGAGCAUCGUAUGGAGUGACUAUGGACUACUUUCACUUGGCAAAACUAGUUCUUUGUACAUGAAGUAUAACACUGAGCACGAAGCACCAUAUUGGAGAGGUGCAAUAUGGAUGAACAUGAACUACAUGAUUCUUUCUUCCCUCCACCAUUACUCCAUAGUUGAUGGACCUUUCAGCGACAAGGCAAGAAGCAUUUACGAGGAACUAAAGAGCAACCUGAUAAGGAACGUGGUUAAAAACUAUAAUGAGACUGGAUAUAUCUGGGAACACUACGAUCAAACAAAAGGAACUGGAGAAGGUGCACGUGUCUUCACCGGCUGGUCUGCGCUUAUCCUCUUGAUCAUGUCUGAAGAGUAUCCUCUCUUUUAGUAACCUUUUUGAUUAUUUGUAACUUUGGACUUCAAAAUCUUACCACACGUGUUUGUGAACAAAAAUAAGAAAAUCUCUUCCAAAAGACUAUAAUGAAAAACAAAAUCACACAAUACAUCAAUAUUUUAUAGCUCAGAUACUAGGUACAUGUUAAAAAAGUCCAAAGCUAGCCUUGUCGUGUCUGAGCAUAACAAUGAGCACAUCCCCCAAUAGUAAAGAAAUGAGACAUUAGAAGCUGGAGAAAUUGUAGAUCCGCAUCUAUGUGUCUUGAGUCAUUUCAGUAUCUUCAGACACCAUGAUCUCCAUAUCCCUCAUGUCUCGCUUCAAUACGUUCCCAAGCCUUCCUAUGGCUUCUGUCUCGUGUUGCAAUACCUCCUGCAUAUCGAUCAGGCUCUGCUCGUCUAUUUUAGUUGAUCCCGGGAGAUAAAUGGAACUACCACCAGCAAAGGAAUUUACUUGAGCGCGAGAUAUUGUCUGCAGAUUUUGCACCCUCCUAGAAAGCUCUGCUCCAGGACCUUUCACACCUGUCUUGUUAUUCCAGUUAACUUCUCAGAUAGCUCGGCCUCUCCUUUUGUCAAGGGUAACCGGAAACCCUUCCCCUCUAAGCCUUCUAUUAUUCUCAUCACCCUCAACAUGCGUCUUUGAAGAUUCUGCUCCUUCUGUCUCAUCCUUUCGAUAGAUGGAAAAGUAUGUGCUUGCAAAUGUCUCUGAAGCUUUUAACGUUGCUUUGAGUCGUUUUAAUUCUUUCCCUAUCUGAGACGAGAACUUCAUCUUGAAGCUGUAGGCGCUGAGAAAGAUCUUUAAAGCCUUGCACAAGCUGAGGCCACAGGCGCUCUCUCUCUGUUGAAUCCAUGCCUUCAAGUUUGCUCAUGGCCUCUGCCCACAUUAUAUCUGAUACAGCUGCAGGCUUCACUCGGUACUGUUGUUCAGUCACACUGAACAAAAGAUGCUGCAGAGCAUACUUGGGAUUCGUUGGAUCUUCCUUAUACGCUUCAAUGAUGGCCUACAUCAAAAUCGGCGAGAGAGAAAGUAAUGGGAGCGACGGGAGCCAUCUGAGUAGUCAAUUGCGCAUUUGGGAAAGGUGUCUGCUGCUGUGGCGUAUUGAAUGGUGACUGAUAACCAAAACCAGAAGAUGGCGGUUGCUGGAACAGCGAGGUCGGCUGUUGCUGCUGCUGCUGCUGCUGUGGCUGUUGGGAUGAGAACGGAGAAGAGAAGAGUGAGGAGCCAAAUCCGCCAGAGGAGAAGGAAGGUACCGAAGGCGUUCCGAACGCCGGCGUGGCUGAAGGUGUACCGAACGCCGGCGUGGCUGAAGGUGUACCGAACGCCGGGGAAGGCGAUGGAGUACCAAAGGCGGGCGUUGAAGACGCUCCGAACGCCGGUGUGGACGAUGGAGUGCCGAACGCCGGCGAGGAAGAGGGAGUGCCAAACAUUGGGAAUAGAGAGGUUAGAUCUCUGUGGUGAGGGAGAGAGAGAAGGUGAAGGUUUUAGGCAAAAGGCGCCAUUCGGAGAAAUCUAAAAACGCAGCUCAAGUGUUCGACGAAAUUCCCGGCCUUAGGCUUCCGUGAGUCAUCAGCUUUAGGGUUUUUUGUUCAAUUUUUUUCUUUCCUUUUUUUUUUUCAAAGGGUUUUGGCAACUUUGUUGCCUUUUGUCGAAAGCCAAAUAUAUCACCA